AUGGCUUUCCUCAGUAGGUCGGUGUUACUGGUGGUGGUGGCGAUGCUGCUGACUUUAAACUUGACCGACAGCAAGUGGUUCCGCUUUCGCACCCGCAGGAGGAGUCAGGAGAGCGGCGGGGCCUCAAGUGACUCGGACCGAUCCGAUCAAGACGACGGUCAGCUGGACAUGCUGGAGGAAAUGAUUGAGAAGCAACAAAAGCAGAUUAACGAGCUGGAAACCAGUAGAAAACUUCUCCAAGUCCGGGUGGACUUGCAGGCGGACAAGAUCAAGGAACUGGAGGGAGAUAAAGGUUUUCUACAGAGCAUCAAAGAUGAGAUCGUGGACCUAGCUAAAGAAGUGAAAGAACUGAAGAUGGAUAAGGACGACUUAAGGAACACAGUGGGCAGUCAGAAGGCACACAUCAUCACCUUGCAGAGGGAGCUGGCGGGGUUGGCGGACUGCUGCUCGGGUGGGUCCGGGGAUGUCGACUCCUUCCUCCCGCUUGUAGAGAAAGUUGACAAGCGGAGAGUUGUACCGUAGUA